AUGCCGAGAAAAGCCCAGACGUGGGACGACUAUGACCAGGCUGUGACCCAGAUCAUCCUCGCGCCGUCCGACUCCGAGUUCCUCGACCAGUUGAUCCCCGUGCUGAAAGAUGCCACGAUAAGCAGCCGCAUCGGGUCGCUCGUGCAGAGCCUCUCCCAGUAUGCCGAGGACCGCGAGGCCGAGAUCGAGCGCAUCGGGCUUACCAAGCACGAGGAGUUCCUCGGUUCCGUCAACCAGCUGCAGAAGGUGCGCGAGGGGACCGUGGCCCUGACAGCCGAGAUCCUGGACCUCAACCAGUCGAUCCAGGCGAGCACGGAGAAGCUCGCCGAGCAGAAGCAGGCACUGGUGAACACGCGCGGGGUCCGGCAGAACAUCACCGAGGUGUCGAAUGCCCUCGAGGAGUCGCUCAAGAUCCUGCAUGCCGUUAACAAUGCGCACGACCUGAUCAGGCGCAAGAAGUACUACGCCGCCCUGAAGUCUCUGGAGGACCUCCAGAAUGAGUACUUGGUGCCCAUCAUCCAGAACAAGUACGCGGCGCAGUACAAGCUUGCCGAUAUGAUCCAGAAGUCCAUCCCCGCUUCUCAGAAGGCGAUAUCCGAGGCCGUCAUGUCGGAUUUGAACACCUGGCUGUUCCGCAUCCGAGAGACGUCGCAGUUCCUCGGCGAGGUCGCCUUCUUCCACACGCAAGAGCGGAGGGCAAGGCAGAAGGAGCGCAUUGAGGCGAACGAAUUCCUGAGGCGGUUCAAGUUGAACUCGGCCAUCGAGCUGGUCUACGAUGAAAGCAACGAGUUCGACGUCCUGGACAACGAGGUCGUCCAGGUCGAUUUCACGCCCUUGCAUGAGGCACUGCAUAUCCAUGAUGCGCUCGGGAAGAUCGACAAGUUCCGCGCCGAUUAUGCAGCCACUAGGCGGCAGCAAAGAGAUUUGAUGAUGCCCACCUCCGAAAACCUCUUUGCGAAUGAUGACGACGACGCUCUCAAGGAGCUUCUGGAGAAUGUUGCCGGCUUCGCCAUUGUCGAGAAGGCCACGAUGCAGCGUGCGCCACUAGUCCGCUCCAGUCUCGAUCUCUGGGAUUCAAUGUGCCAGGGUGCCAUCCGAAUCAUCUCGAGGUCGCUGGAUGGCGUGACAAACGCCGAACUGCUACUGAAAAUUAAGGAGGACAUUGCCUUGUUUAUACAAACAAUGGAGGGCUGGGGCUACUCUGCCUCCGUGGUGAAUAAUUUUCAGCUGGUCCUGUUCCAUAAGCAUGCCGAGCUCCUGCAGCGCCGCUUCGGCGAAGACUUCCAAGAGAUCGUGUCGACGGACGACUAUAUGCCUAUGACCGUCAAGACACGCGAAGAGUACGACAAAGUCCUCGAGGCGACCUGGUUUGUUGAUGAGAGGCCUCCCGAUCAAAUCACGUUCCCUGCCGUUUUCCCCUUUUCAAAAAUGUAUCCGCUCUGCUGUAUAGACAUCAGGAAUUUCGCCGAGCAGUUCCUCGUCUUCACACGGGAGAAUUUUGACCACCCAAGCGUUGUUGAUGAAACGCUCAGGAAGACAUUGGAUGAACUCUUAACCGAUAUCGUCUGCCAGUCCCUACUUGAACGGCUGAACUCUCAGUAUCUGGGACAGAUCGUUCAGAUCUUGACCAAUCUUGAGCACUUCGAGAUUGCUUGCCAGGAGCUAGAGAAGCUCCUGAUCGAAGCUCGGUCAUCCACGUCAGCUGGUGGGCCGGUAACUCUAAGAGCAACAGAACAAUUCAGGAACCACAAGAAGACGGCCGAGAAGCGCAUCUUCGAGCUUGUCAACUCCAAGAUCGACGACCUCGUGGACACUUCUGACUAUGACUGGACGGCGACAACGAGGCCUACCGGGCCCAGCAGUUACAUGGUGACACUGACGCGCUUCCUCGAAAACAUCAUGGUUUCCACCCUCCUGGGUCUUCCGAGAGAGAUCAAGGAGCUGAUCUACUUCGACGCGCUCAGCCACGCCGCCAAUAAGAUUCUCGCCCUGCCGCUCUCCCCCGACGUCAAAAAGAUCAACCCCAACGGCGUGGCCGCCAUGGCGCUCGACGUGGAGCACCUCACCCGCUUCGUCAGCCAGCUGGAGAACGCCUUCAUGCUCGAGCAGAACCUGGACGAGCUGCAGCAGACGGUGGCGCUGAUGCAGUCGGACAACCACGACGAGUUCUACGACAUCUCCAUCCGGAACAAGAAAUACGGCCGCGUGGACGCCAUGAACGGGCCUAUUUUGCUGGAGAAGCUCACCCAAACGGUUGAAAACCCAAGCCGCUCGGCGCCGCUCGCUAACUUCGGAUCGCGCUUCGGCUUGCGGUGAGGAAGGGGGCGUUCUCCCGCUGGGCGGGUCUCGCUCCUUUUCUUUAUCCGUUGCCUAACCCUGUGACUUUGCCCACGGGACAUGAAUGAUGUCUACGACCACGAUAUUCGGCCUUGCGGGUAAGGGAUGAUGUGAAAUGAAUGCGAGGAAAGUCAUAAUUUGGUGGUCAUGAGAAAGAAACUAAACCGCU